AUGAAUAUUCUUGAUAUUAAAGAAAUUCAACCAUUGAAAUAUGCAGAUAAUUUAAUUGAUAAUAUUUGUAAUAAAGGAUUGAUUGAAAUGAUUAUGAAUAAAACAUUUACAUUCUUUGUUUUACAAGAUGGAACAUUUAGAUAUUACAAUUCAAAUGGAACGUUUGGUGGAUUUGAUGAAUUAGGAGAAGGAAGAACGUUUUCUAUUUUUAAUGAAAAGACAAAUAUCAUUAUUAGGGGAGAUUGUACUGGAAAAAUCUUUUUUGAUAUGUAUAAACAAGAAGAAGAUAAAUGGAUUAGUGCAGUUGAUACAUUUUUUGUAGAAAAUAAUAAUAAACUUUCAUUUCAUGAUCCUGAAUUAUCAAAAAUGUAUUUCUUUGUUGGAGAAGAUAUAUUACAAAUAUAUAGUUAUUCUGUUGUUUUAUUAAAUGAAAAUAGUGAAAAAACAGAUAAAAUUCAAGAAGCAAAACAUUUCGCUGUUUUAGUUCAAAAUAUAGAAGAUGUUCAAUUAAAAGGAGUUGCAUCUAAUGUUAUUAUGUCAAAAUAUGGAUUAUUUAUUAUUCAACGUCAAAAUAUUCAAUUUUACAAAUUUAUUACAAAUGAACUUUUAGAAGUUCAAGCAACACCUGGAACAUUUAAAACAAAUGAUUUUAGAGUUAUUCAAUAUUAUAUUCAUCCACAAACAUCAGACUUAUUAAUGAUUUCAGAAAAUGGAGAAGUUUAUUUAAUUGAUUCAAAGUCUAAUCUUCUUAUUCCAAUAAAAAUUGGAGUAAUUAAACUUCCAAAUGAAGAUUAUAAAAUUCAUUUUUAUUAUAGAUUCCUUAUUAUUUUAACAGAUCAUAGAAUGUAUAUUUAUAAUAUGAGAAAAAUGAAAAAUCCAAUUAUUGUAGAUACUAUAAAGAAUUAUGAAGUAUCAUCUAUUGUUCCAUGGAAUAAUCCAGAUGUGUCUAUUGGAUUUUAUUCUAAUUCAUUAAAAUCAUUUAAUGAAUAUUUAUUUAAUGAAAAAAUGAAAUAUUCAACUGAUAUGAAAGAAGGAAUGUUAUAUUUUCUGUUAAAUGAUUUUAAAAAUACAUUAGUUGGUAUUCAACAUUUAAAUUCACAAUUAAUCACAAGGUUCUUAGAUAGACUUGGAAAUGAUCUUCCUCUAAUUAUUUUCCUUUCAACAAAACCUGAAUAUAGAGAAUAUGCUAUAAACCGAUUUAAAGAACGAUAUAAUCAUGAAUAUUUAAUAAGUAUGGCUAAUGGAUGGAAUCCUCAAGAUGUUGAAACAUAUUUUACUGAAUUACAACAAACAAUACAACCAGAACAUAUUUUAUUACAUACUCCAACAAAAAAAGAAUGGGAACCUCAAAAAUUUAAUUUAGCUGAUGUAACAGUUCAAUUAUGUAAUAAUCCUACAGAAGAAAAAAUUGCCAAAGUAUAUUCAUUACUUGGAAUUACACAUGAAAAUCAAGUUAUUUCUAUUCCUGAUGAACUUAUUACAUCAAUUACUCAACACCAAACAAAUUGGCUUAGACCAUUAAUAAUUCCAUUAUUAAAAUUAAGACCUUAUGAAUUAUUACAACAUAUGAUCAUUAUUACUGAUGACCUUCCACAAUUAGAUGUUAUUGUAAUGUUUCAACAAGUUUUUACACCUAUUGAUUUAUAUUAUCAAAAACAUCAACUUAAUAAAGAUCAACAAAUUGUUUAUGCAAUAUUUAUUACUGUUAUUUCAUCAUUUAAUAAAGCAUUAGACAGUCUUACUGAUGAUUUAGUUCCUAUUUUCCUUGAAAGACUCCUUGCUUUCCCUUUAGACAAACUUACUAUUAGUUAUAAAUUACUUUGUUCUCAUGCUUUACACAAAUCAUUGAUCAAAGGAAAUAUGGAAUUGGCAGAAGUUAUUUUUAAGACUAUUUGGAGAAGAUAUACACCAUCAACAAUUGAGAAUAUUUUAGAGGAUAUUCUUCAACAAGAAUUAUAUGAAAAACAAACAACAGCAGAAGCACAACAAUGGAUAAUAAAGAAAAUUUCAUUGAAUUAA